UUUGUUUUCUUAUAAGACCACCGAAAAAAAAAAAAAGUUUAUUUUGGAUAAAGCUUUCUUUUUUAAAUAAUUGAAAUAAAUAAGAAAAAGAAAGAAAGAGAAUUCCGAAAUAACUUACAACACUCGAGGACUACAUAUUGACACAUAUAUAAAGGAUGCAGGCAUCCACUACUAAACUCAAUGUCGAGAGUAAUACACAUGACAUGUUCAUAGAGCAACCUGAAUUGGACAAUGCACCAACCCCAUCCACCGAACUUGGACCUAACGAGUCUUACUAUCCAUAUAUUCCUUACGUUCUCGACCCUCAACACGAAGACAAUAUUUCUAUCGAUAUGAUCAAAUUAUAUCAAGAACUUUUACCCAACAAGGAAAGUCACGAUAGACGUAUUAAAUUCGUCAAACUGAUGGACAAAUUGAUGAAUAAUGAAUGGCCAGACCAUGACAUCAAAGCUCAUGUUUUUGGGUCUUCAGUCAAUGAACUUGGAACAGUUUCUUCAGAUAUAGAUCUAUGCAUCACAACACCUUGGAAUGGUCUUCGCAACGUCAAAACACUAGCAAAAUUAUUUCGAAAAUGUGGUAUGCAGCAUGUUGUGUGUGUUCCUCGUGCAAAAGUCCCAAUUGUUCGUUUAUUUGAUCCGGAACUCCAACUUUCGUGUGACAUCAACGUAAACAACACAUUAGCGCUUCAAAACACAAAGAUGAUUAAAACCUACGUCGCACUCGAUUGUCGUGUUAGGCCGCUCAUCAUGAUUGUAAAACAUUGGACAAAACAAAGAUCAAUAAACGAUGCUGCUAAUGGAGGUACACUAUCAUCUUAUACCUGGACUUGUAUGAUUAUCAACUUUUUACAACAACGUCAACCACCUAUUUUACCAGUACUGCAUGAUAUCGAAAGCGAGGAUAAAGAUGAUGCCUAUUUCUUUGACAAUGUGGAAAAAUUAAAAGGAUUUAGUUCAGCCAAUCAAGAAAGUUUAGGGGGUCUAUUGUUUGCAUUCUUUCGACGAUUUUCUGUAGAGUUCGAUUACGAUCACCAGGUGGUAUCCGUGCGACAAGGGCGCUAUUUAUCCAAAGUUGAAAAGGGCUGGGACACGGGCAGAAAUAAGCAGAGUCUCUGUGUAGAGGAGCCAUUUAAUGUCGGUCGGAAUUUGGGAAAUUCAGCAGAUAUCGCAUCCGUGCAAGGAUUACGUUGUGAAUUCCAAAGAUUUUUAGAGAUGUUAAUAGCUGGAGAAGAUUUAGAAACGAUUUGUACACCCUAUCAACCACUAUCAAUCAGUUCUAUUAUCAGUAACAAUGAAAUACCCGCUAAUAUAAACGGCAACAGUAAUACACUGACAUUGACCUUGCCAGCCGAAAAUCGUACCUCCUCUUUCUUUUUACCAAUCCAUCCUUAUUCUGACUAUUCAUCCUCCUCCUCUUCUUCUUCCAACACAGCACAUCCCUACGAUCGUCGAAGAAGUAUGGUGGACGGCAUAUGUUCUUACCCUUCUCCGAUCCUACUGGACGAUUUAAAUAAUUCGCCUUAUCCAACCCAUUCCACAUCUUACACGUAUCGUGCUCCACCCAUCUCCAAACCUCACACAUCAUCAUUUAAUACUUUCCAUCCUCGAUUCAGUUCGCCACAAGCGUUAGAUACAAUCCUGCGAGUUAGAAACACAAGACAUGGCAGUCAUCCAUUACCCCCCGUACCCUCCACUUUACUAUCCAUGUUGAAUAUCAGUGCGAAUCAUGGGACAGACCAGUCUGUCGAUAAAAUCUUUGCUAGAUAUCACAGAAAGCAACAAUCUAAUCAGACCACUUCACCUCCUCAAAAAUCCACUGACGGAAAGAGUGCGAAAAAGACAUCAACAAUGGGACCCAAUAAUAGAAGGAAACCAGUGAAUAACAAUCGCCAUAAUCAUCAUCAUCACCAUGACAACAGUAGGAGGUUACCCAGACGUCGAUCGAGCGGAAUGGAUUGGCCUACCAUUAGUACGAGUUCUUCUACACCAACAGCAAGAGAAAAGGGAAAAUUGACCGAAUCGUCUUCAGAUGAACCUCAACGUUCGCGUCGUUGGUCUACUACGAAGAAACAACAGAUGUUAAAUCAGGAAGAACCGAAAAAGACAUUAGCAGAGAUUGUCAAAAUUGCUACACCACCCAUUCAACAAAAAUCUUCGCCUAUAUCUUCCCCUGUGCCCAGUCCAAGUAGUACAUCGAAUAAUAAAAACAACAGACAUAGGAGACAAAGAAACAACAAUAAAUCUUUGUCCACUACCACUACCACCACCGCCAGUAAUAGUAAACCAAAAAAGAAAAAUAAUAGUAGCAACAGUAAACCUCCUCGUGCCUAAGUAAAAAAAAAAAGAAGCUAAUAGAUUGUACAUAAAAACCCUUUAUAUAACAUGCAACAGAUCACCUCAUCCCCCCCUCCACCCUCUCCUCGAAAAGAAAAAAUUAAACUCAAUAGGAGCUGCUUAUAUUACGUGGCGAUAUCAUAAAUAUAUAAAACCAAAAAAAAAAAGUCUAGAGAUCAUUUGUAAAAAAAUAAAAUAAAAACCC